UAACUAUUAAUAAUUGCUAUACAGUUUUUAUAAUUAAAAACUCUAGAAACCCUAAGGGUUCCAAUCUGUUCUUUAUCUGUUGCACAUGUGUAUAGAGUUAGGUUAAGUCACCUCUGAGUAUUUUUUAGUUUAAUUUGUAUCCAUUAGCAGUUUCAGUUAAAGAUGGCUUCAAGGCUUGCUGUCGAUCAAGAAGUAUUGGAUGGGGUAGCACAGUUGCUCAUCUUAAAAAAGGGUUUUGAAUGGCUAGAGGAGAAGCUCAGACAAAUAUGUGGUUACAAGCAAGCUAUGUACCAACUAAAAGCCCACGAUCUCUCUCUGAAAGAAUGGCGGCAGGAAGUGUGGGAUAUCGUGGAGCACAAGGAAGAUGAAUUUGUCAGAUUGUUGCCCUCGUGCGAAAGGGGCGAUCCGGGUGAAGAACUUCAUCAAAUUACACAAGAAUUUGCUGAAGGGUUUAUUCCACAGUGAAAAUUAAAGCAAGAGUGAGAUAUGGGAUUGGAUUAUCUACAUCAACUUGAAAUGAGUUUGAUGAAAGUAUAUAGAGCUUGAGUUUGUUACAUUCUCUAUGGGUUUCAUUAUUUCAUAGUUCUCUUCACAUUAGAAGAGUAUUCUUGAAUUCUUGAUUUUAAGAGUUGAUUUUAGCAACACAGCCAUCUCCACAUUGCCAAAAUGUGUUGCAUGAUAAAAACUUCUUAAAGUCUUGAAUUUAUUGAAGUUGAAUAUAACAUCUACCUGAGUGGAUAGGUGAACUCAAAUGUCUUUCAACAUCUAUUCAAAUGGAUAAGUGAACUGAAAUAUGAGUGCUUUGAAGACAUUGGGAUCAGAGUAAUUAAAUGUAAAAGAUGUUAGCAAUUUGAUCUUGGUCAAUGGGAUCAUUAUUGAAGAGAAUGAAUUCUUAAAUGUUAAAAUAUGUUAGCAAUUUGAUCAAUCUUCAAGAAAUAAGUUUUCUCUUUUAAAAAAAAGAAGAGCACCUGAAAUAUGUAGAGAAUGGUGUCUUGUGAAAAUGAGUACUUGACAUUCCUGCAAUAGAAGGUAAUAUCUGAUAUUCCCCCCCCCCACCAAAAAAAAUGAAUGUUUUUUCAAGUACUCCUGCAAUAGAAGGUAAUGUCUGAUAUUCCCCCCCCACCAAAAAAAAUGAAUGUUAUGAAAAAUCUUCAACAAGUUUAUCUUGAUUGUUUCUUUGUGCCAAGUUCGAUAUGGGGUUUGGUGAGUCUCACGUAACUUACAUUAUGUGAGUCAAGAAUUAUUUAUCACUUUUGGAGGACCAAAAUUAAAGAACCUGCAGUUUGUUUGUUAUUUGAAGUUUUCGAUCCCUCGAAUAACAAACAACGUGCUGGAUAUUUAAGCUUUUAUCUUCGGGCGGAUUGGAACGGUUAACAAGCCUUGAGGAGAUAUGUGGAAGCAGAAAAGUGGUGAAUAAGAAGAGAGGAUAAAAGAAGGUGGGGAAGAUUGCCCAGGUUGAGAUCUGCUUCUGGCAUGACUUGUAGCACCUCUUUUGUCCAUCCAAAUAUGGUAUAAUUGUAUAAGUUCCCUUUAUUCAUAAUUCUUGUGAAAAUUUUCAGAUUGGAAUAAAGUAAUAAUACCCAGGUUGAGGUCUACUUCUGGCCUAUCCAAAUAUGGUAUAAUUGUAUAAGUUCCCUUUAUUCAUAAUUCUUGUGAAAAUUUUCAGAUUGGAAUAAAGUAAUAAUGCCCAGGUUGAGGUCUACUUCUGGCCUGACUUGUAGCAGCCCUUUUGUCCAUCCAAAUAUGGCAUACUUGCGUAA